CCGGUGUAAUGGUGGAAAGACGUGUUCAAAAUGUCUCAGCCAUCAGAUGAGGAUUUACUGCAUUAUGAGCAAGUUCUGAACUUGCUGACUGAAGGACCCAGGAGCGAGGUCGUUGAGCAGCUGCUUCAUGAUGGAUCCGAGGAGGAAUUUGAUACUAUACGCGAAUAUUUCUUCGAAAAAGCCAAGAUAAAAGUCACGGAGCAUUGUAAUUCGAUUUUUGGACCGUUGGCUGAACGGGAGGAAAACGAAGUCCCUGUGAAUCUCCAGCCUAAGAAACGUCAGGGUAAGAAUAAAUUAACGAACACUGUAAUGGAUAUAUGCGAUUUAUACCUAUAUAUAACUGACAAUUUGGAUAUGUUUCCAAAGGGCGUUCUUAGUACGAACAGCUUUCUGCCUGAGGCGACCAUGUCCAGGGAAGCAUGUAACAAUAUGCACCGCAAUGAUAGGGCAGCGUCCAUGGAUGUUACUAUCACUUUGCUAACCCAGAGGGUUAAGGAGCUCGAGGAUGAAAAGGGGCUUAUGAAAAAGGAUAUUGGUGUCUUAACCUCGAAACUAGAGGAAAUGACAGUUACAUGUAAAACGUUACAAUCUGAUUUUUCUAAAAUGGCCCAGAAUUUGAACUCUACGCUGGAAAAUUUAGCCUCAACUGCCGACCUCGCAAAUCCUAAUUCGACCAUCAAGCAAAAUCAGAAGGCUAUGGCUAAUUUCGCAAAAUCCAGCCUUGCGGUUUUGUCGGGAGUGAGUUGCAGUAAUCUGAGUAAACCCAAUGACCCUAAUGUCCCAGUUAUUGACCGGUCAAAUAAUGUAAACAAUAAUAAUAGAAACAGUAACAUUGGAAUACCUAUUGACCGCCCCCAAACUCCAAAUCUGGCCCCAGGCAGUGAUGGGUACCCGAAGUUAGAUAAAGAUGAUCCAGCACCUAACCCAAACGCAGACACCGCUAAUGCUGAUGCGAACACCCAGUUAGAGUCCACGAAACGGACGUUAACCCCUGCGGAACGCCAUGACGCGUUGAUUCCUGAUAACCCCCCAGAUACUGACACCUCCCAUACCAAAGAGGACGACGCCCCCGAGACCCCCAAGAAUGAAUCUUGGUCUGAAUACGCUUUCGGACGAUGGGUCAUAUCAGGUUAA